AUGCAAAGGGCUAUCCAAGAAACAGAUAAUGACGCUUUUUCAUGCAAGAUAAGUGCUAUUUCCAAGAAAUACCUUCCAUCCCCAGCACAGAAGAGCAUAAGUUCGCAGUUCGAAAACUAUGAAGAUAUACACAUGGAAUUCUGUAAAGAGAUCAAAUCAAGAAGUCGAAGAAAGUUUGGUAGUAUUACCAAAGCAUGUCGUCAGUCUUUCCCAGUUAUGAACUAUGGAACCUACCUAAGAACCGUAAGUAUAGAUCUGAAAUUGAGCCAAUAUCUACAGAACCACAGCUCUAAAGUUCAGGUACUAAAUUUGGGAUGUGGCUCUGACCUAAGGAUGCUGCCAUUUCUUGCCAGUAAUCCUAAUAUGCAAUGGAUUGAUCUAGACUAUAAAGAAAUAGUUGGUUUCAAGGCUACUAUCUUUCAAAUGAAUGAAAAGUUUAGGGCUGCGUUACAAUUGCAACCUCCCGCAAAAGAUACGUCAGAGACACAGACAUUUGACAGCAUCAUCUCUGAGAGAUAUCAGUUGUUACCAUGCAAUAUUACAGACACAAAGCAACUUAUAUCAGUCCUGGAAAGAUUUUCGAACCCAAACAUCCCUACCGUUAUCAUAUCGGAAUGUGUUUUAUGCUAUCUUGAUCAAGACAAAGCAUCCCAAUUAAUCACUAACAUCACCAAUUUCUAUAAGGAAGGAUUCUGGAUAUCAUACGAUCCGAUUGGCGGAUCGGAUACAAAUGAUAGAUUUGGUUCUAUUAUGCAGGAUAAUUUAAGAGAAUCAAGGCAACUAAAUAUGCCAACCUUAAUGAUAUACAAUUCACAGGAAAAAUAUAAAUCAAGAUUCCCAGGGAAGGCCGAAAUACAAACUAUGUGGUUCUACUAUCAGAACCUUAUUGACGAAACUGAACGACAAAGGCUCAAGAGGCUUCAGUUCUUGGAUGAGAUAGAAGAGUUACAGGUUAUAUUUUCACACUACGUUAUAUGUACUUCGUUAUGGGGUUCUUAA